AUGCGUGCAGAUAUUGGCCAUUAUGCCAGAGACGUCCUCAAUUCCGUCCCAUCCUUCCACGGUCAGAGUGCUGUUGGUGAUUUGCAACUAUUAUUCGGCAAUGUCAUUUUAACUAUAGUGCUGUCAAGCUUUGGAAUAGUCGGGUUCUCAAUCUGGUCGAUACGGAGAUCGUGGCAACGUCCGACCAAGAAGGUCGCGCUCCACGGACGUGUAGUCUUCGCGAAAUCGAUAAUUUGCACGCUCUUGGUGCUUUUGUAUCUCGCAUACCUUAUCACAGUUGCUACACUGGGUUCGCUCCACGGCGCCGCCCGACGUUUCGCCAUCUGUGCCGCGGCUCUGCAAUUUUGCUGCUCGGUAUUCCUUUCACUGGCGGUGGUGGUCAGCCACGUGUGGGAGAUCCGCGCUUCAUCUUUCGGGCAACUAUUUGCGAUAGCGUGGGGACUCACGGACAUCGCACGCAUUAUACUUCUCGCCGAGUCAGACGAAACGAAGGCAUGCUUGGGUAUCUUAUCUUCCAUUCUAGGAGUGAAAGUCUUGCUCCUGGUGGUUGAAGAGAUCACCAAACGAAAUGUCUUGAAUAUACCCUACAACAAAUAUCCGCCCGAGGCACUCAGCGGCAUCAUCAACCGCAUGUUCGUUGUCUGGCUCAAUCCACUCAUGUGGCGGGGUAUUGCUGGAAAGCCACUGUCACUUCCUGAGCUCUCUCAAUGCGAGACCGAAUUUACCAGCGCAGGAUUAUCGCGGACUGUGAGUGUGGUAUGGGAGAAGAAGGUCACUGGAAGGAGCAAGCAUAAUCUCUUCUUGCUGCUCGCAUGGGAAUUUCGAUGGCUAUUUCUUAUCCCAACUCCGACGCGAUUCGCCCAGGCUGCGUUUCAGUUCAUCCAGCCUUUUCUCAUCCAACGGACUCUGAACUGGUACGAUGCUCGCGAUGACACUGAUCCUCAGAGUGUGGCAUGGGGGCUCCUCGUCGCGUACGGAUUGGUUUACCUGGGAAUUGCGCUCACAACGGCAUAUAGCCAAUACCAGAUUGUGCGCUUUAUUACCGCUAUACGAGGAACUCUUGUUCUUCUUAUUUUCCGAAAAUCCCUUGAACUGCAGAAAUCCGAUAUGGCACCACUGACACUGAUGAGUACCGAUGUUGAGCGCAUUAUACAAGGCUUGCAUUACGUUCACGAAUCAUUUGUCAGUUUCUUUACAUUCAGUGUGGCAUUGUGGCUUCUCAAACGGCAGCUUGGGGCGGGUGCCAUCGCUCCGAUUGUGGUGUCGGUCUGUAGCAUGCUUGUGAUUGCGACAUUCGGUAAAAGCAUCAGCAACGCACAGAAGCGCUGGGUCGAGGCCGUGGAGAAGCGAGUCAGUGUUACCACUGAGAUACUCACGUCCAUGAAAGGCAUCAAGAUGUCUGGUCUAAGCAAAUAUUCCUCUGCGCUACUUCAGGGCCUACGGGAAACCGAGCUGGUUGUAUCAUUGACCAUGCGACGCUUCCUGACUGUUGGAAUUGGCCUUUCAUUCACCACGCCAACCCUUUCCCCCAUGGUGGGCUUUGCAGUAUAUACUGCACUGGCUUCACAUCAUGGAAAUACACUUUUGGCUGCGACAGCCUUCCCAGCGCUUUCGAUCUUCAAUCUCCUGAGCAGUCCGCUCAGUAUUCUGAUUCAAAGUUUACCUGGCGUGAUUGCAAUGUUUGCCUGCUUCGAACGCAUAGGGAAUUUCCUUCAGCGCGAUGCCCGGAAUGACAGCAGAUACUUGAUGAACUCGGUCACCACGUCUGUUGAGAAAAUGCCGUCAGUUGAGCCGAGGCCAGCUAGCAGCAGGGGGUCAUCUUCGAUAACGCUGGGUCGUGACUUGAUCCGUAUUGUAGACGGCAAGUUCUGGCGCACUACAGACAGCGAGCCAAUAUUGCAGGAUCUCAACCUCCAAAUCAAGCGCGAGACACUAACAGCAGUGGUGGGACCUUCUGGAUGUGGUAAGACGACUCUCUUUGAGGCCCUAUUGGGAGAGCUUCCAUGUCCACUUGACUCUAUCCAAGUUGACUCCGCAGUCGACCUACGAACCGGUAUCGCAUACUGCUCACAACAACCAUGGCUCAGAAACGACACUGUUCGGAAUAACAUCAUCGCCGGCAUGCCGUACAAUGAAGCCUGGUACAACACCGUAAUUCAUGCUUGUGCAUUGGAGGAGAUCAUCCAGAAGCUGAACGAAGGAAUGGUUGGCAGUGGAGGCACGAGCCUGAGUGGAGGGCAGAAGCAGAGAAUUUCGUUGGCGCGCGCCAUAUACUCGCGUCGCCCACUUCUUCUGCUUGAUGACUCCCUUUCAGGAAUUGAUAAUCUCUCCAUGCAGCAUAUUUUCGAUCGUUUGCUGGGCGCUGAUGGCUUGAUAAAGCAGACGGGUACAACAGCCAUCCUUGCAACACAGAAUGGUAAGAACUUGGAAGAACCGAGGCAAAUGUGCGAGAAUAACAAGAAUACGUUAGUAAAAAACCCAAGUCUCUUUGACCAGAUCAUCACUCUCGGUGGUGAUGGCACGGUGCUCGAACGCAAAUCCCCCGCCGACGCUGAGAAGAAUUCCGAGAAGCCAAUCGGUCCAGGGAAGGUUCCUAUUGAGGCGCCAAUUUCCAUAUCCCAGAAUCCAUUCGCGUUUGCCCUGGAAGCCAGGUUUGAGACUGCGGCUGCUGACCCUCGCGACCGUCGGAAAGGUGAACUGGGUGCAUACAAAUACUACUUUGCCUCCUUGGGCUUCAGGAAAUUGGGCCUCGCCGUCUUUCUGGUUGUAUCUUAUGUAUUCUUCUCCUCCUUUCCCCAAAUUUGGCUCGAAUGGUGGACUGCCUCUAAUGUAGACCACCCUAAUAACAGGUUGGGCUACUGGAUCGGGGUUUACGCUGUUUUUGGAUUCAUGGCCGUCUUCUCACUGAUUGCUGCUUCAUGGCUCAUGCUUUGCAACAUGGUGAAGGACUCAGCGGAGUCUCUGCAUUUGCAACUGGUCCAGACUGUUGAGCGGGCCGUCGCAUCUGUGUUCACUUCUACAGAUCCAGGAAUCACAGUGAACCGAUUCAGUCAGGAUAUGGCUUUGGUCGAUAUGGAGUUGCCUAUGGCCUUCGCCAACACCAUUAUCUCCUUCACAACCUGCGUCGCACAACUCGUCAUCAUUGCUGCGUCUUCACGUUAUCUUGGUGCCACCAUCCCUUUCAUCCUCGGCGUUUGUAUUCUCACCCAACGGCUAUACAUUCGAACGUCACGACAAUUACGGUUCUUUGAUAUCGAAGCCAAGAGUCCGUUGUACACGGAGUUCAUUGAACUGCUGAAUGGCCUCCAUGUGAUUCGCGCAUUCGAUAUGCAGAAGGAAUUUGAGCAACGACUUGCCACAGCACUCGAUGCAUCACAGAAGCCGUUUUAUCUCCUCCUCUGUGCGCAGCGAUGGCUGGGUUUGGUACUAAAUCUGGUGAAUCUCGGUCUAGCGUUGAUCUUAGUUGGUGUCACAACAGCCACUCGUGGCCUCUCGGGCGGCUUUUUGGGUGUUGCGCUGAUCAAUCUGACAAACUUUGGACCAAGCUUGUCCGACUUGGUAGAUGUGUGGUGUACAUUGGAGAAUAGUCUCGCGGCAGUUGAGCGUGUGAAAUACUUCUCUGAGGAAACCCCGAAAGAGUCCACAGACUCGCCAGUUAGCCCGUCGCCAGGCUGGCCCGAGCUGGGAGCCAUUCAAAUACAGGAACUAUGUCUGGGGUACGACUCUGAUGCACUCGCCGUCAAAUCCCUUUCACUUGCUAUCCCAGCAGGAAAGAAGAUUGCCAUAUGUGGCCGAAGUGGCAGUGUUUCACAAAGCGGAAAAUCAACGUUAUGCAUGGCUCUCUUCCGUAUGCUUGAUCCGAUAUCCGGCACCAUCUCGAUCGAUGGACAAGACAUAUCCCGAGUCCCCCACGAAGUUCUUCGCUCGACGCUUUCUAUUGUCCCUCAGGAUGCAGUGAUCCUAGGAGGAUCAAUCCGACUCAAUGUUGACCCUGAAAAUCAGCAUUCUGGCACAGAAGUCAUUGAAGCAUUAGAACAAGCCGAACUGUGGGAGUCCGUCAAAGAGCGAUUCGGGAGAGAAGACGAUACAAGCGCCGAAUCUCUUCCCGGGGGCCAGAAGAAGCAACUCUGCCUUGCGCGCGCGUUGGUCAAAAAGAGUAGAAUCUUGGUUUUGGAUGAGGCAACAGCCAGUGCCGACCCUGCGACCGAUCAAAAGGUCCAUGAGCUUGUUAAUCGAGGUUUGCCUGGAACGACGGUUGUUUCUGUUAUACAUCGGUUGAAGCAUGUCGGUUUGUAUGAUCUCGUCGCUGUCUUUGAUGACGGUGAGCUGGUGGAGAUGGGUAACCCGGUCGAACUUCUCGAGGACUCGGCUUCGAGGCUAGUGGAGCUGUUUGUACGUGAUUGA